AUGGAAAACUAUAGUAGUGAUGGCACAGAUGAUGACUUUGAUACCCAAGUCAUCAUUCAACAAAGUAUACAGGACAGCUACAAACCAGGAACACAGCUGGCAGCAGAGGAUGAAAGCUUCCAUUCCUUUUUGAGCACUGACUCUAAGAAGAUAGUGGAAACAAUAGAGACAGGCGAGGAAGAGGUGCUGUCCCAACUCACCAAGCAUCAUUCUGCUUUUGAAGAAGCAGACAGGGCAGGCUGGCUUCCACUGCACAAGGCCGCAGUGCAACCAAAAAAGAUUUUAGAAAUGACCCUGGAAGCUUCAAAACCCAGUGUGUGGGACACCACUCACAGUGGUGAAACUCUGCUUUUUUUGGCCGUCAGUAAUCGCCUUUUAGAAAAUGCUUGUUUUCUUCUUCUCAACGGCUGCAACCCUAACGCCAAGAAUUUUGAAGGCAGUUCUCCUCUUCUUACUGCAGUUCUACAAGACUCCUAUGAGAUGGUUGCCUUGCUCCUCACCCAUGGGGCAGACGUCAAUCUUCCGUGUGCCAACGAGAGCACAGCUCUCCAUGAAGCAGCCAAACUGGGAAAACAGGACAUGGUGACGCUUAUGUUGAAGUCUGGGGCACACCCUGACCCUCACAGCUCCUAUGGAUUCACUCCUCUUGCUCGCGCCCAGAGUGGCCACACCGAAAUCAUGGAAAUAUUAUUACAGAAAGGCAAGAUCUAUUUGUGUGUUUGGUCUUGUGCCAUACCCCAUGGAGCUCAGGACUUACUCCUAGCUCUGUGCUUCAGGGUAACUACGGGUGGCCCUCAGUGCCUCGUCUCAAAAGCCCAUUACAGCUGA